AUAGUGGGAUUCCUCCAAAUCCCCAACAUCCCUUAUGCCCAGAACCUGUUCGACCUUAUUCCAACUCCAACUGUCUUCCUCUAUAACAAGCUCAUCCAAGCGUACGCCUCUCAAAACCAACCCUACAAAUGUCUCUCCCUCUACUCGAGGAUGUGUCUCCAGAACUGCCAGCCGAACGAACUCUCUUUCACUUUCCUCUUCCCUGCGUGUGCCUUGCUUCCCUCCCCUCUCCAUGGCCAAAUUAUCCACGCUAGCUUAGUCAAAUCCGGUUUCGAGGCCGAUUGCUUUGCCUCGACUGCUUUGCUUGACAUGUAUGCAAAGUUGCGUAUGUUGGAAUGGGCUCGCCGAGUAUUUGAUGAAAUGUCUGUGAGAAACUUACCCACUUGGAAUGCGAUGCUUUCGGGUUAUUCUAGGAGUGGGGAUAUGAAGGGGUCUUUGGAAUUGUUUGAGUCGAUGCAGGAGAGGAACGUGGUUUCUUGGACUGCAAUGAUAUCUGGGUAUUCACAGAAUGGGCAGUAUAGGGAAGCCUUAGAUAUGUUUUUGAGGAUGGAGAAGGAGAAAGGAGUGAAGCCUAAUGAAGUGACCAUUGCCAGUGUGCUUCCAGCCUGUGCAAACCUUGGAGCUCUAGAGGUUGGAGAGAGGAUUGAAGGGUAUGCAAGAGCAAAUGGGUUACUUCAGAAUUUGUACGUGAGCAACUGCGUGCUAGAAAUGUAUGCAAGGUGUGGUAAAAUUGAGGUAGCAAGGCGGGUGUUUGAUAACAUGGGCAAGAGGAGAAACUUGUGCUCUUGGAAUUCAAUGAUCACGGGCCUUGCUGUUCAUGGAAAAUGUAAUGAUGCUCUUGAGCUUUAUGACAAAAUGCUGCAGGAAGAAGGAACUGCACCAGAUGAUGUCACAUUUGUGGGACUUCUCUUAGCCUGCACGCAUGGAGGGAUGGUGGAAAGAGGCCAGGAACUUUUCGAAUCAAUGGAGAAAGAGUAUGGCAUUGCUCCCAAGUUGGAGCAUUAUGGCUGCAUGAUUGAUCUCCUGGGCCGUGCAGGAAGAUUGCAAGAAGCUUAUGAUUUCAUCAAAACUAUGCCAAUGAAACCAGAUUCUGCAGUAUGGGGAGCUCUUCUUGGAGCUUGCAGCUUCCACAAUAAUGUUGAGCUGGCUGAAAAAGCGGCAGAAUUUCUCUUUCAGCUCGAACCAUGGAAUCCAGGAAACUUUGUUAUUCUUUCCAACAUAUAUGCAUCUGCAGGCCGAUGGGAUGGGGUUGCAAGGCUAAGGAUGGUGAUGAAGGGUUGUCAGAUUACAAAGGCUGCAGGAUAUAGUCUCAUUGAAGAGGGAGGUGAGAUGCAUAAGUUUAUUGUGGAGGAUAAAUCACAUCCUAGAUGUGAUGAAAUAUAUGCAGUUCUGGAUCAAGUAUUAACCAUGAUGAAGGUGAAAGAUUUAUCAACUGACUUUGAAUCUGAACUUGAUGAGUUGAGGAUAAUGGAGCUAAGCUCAUAACUUAUCAUUAUGUGUGAAAUU